CGCCCCACCCCCUUGUAGCCACGUCCCGGCCACGGAGCCCUCUGGGAAGUGUAGUCUGCGCCUGCGUUGUUAUCGCUGUGAGGCCGGGGGGCUGCGGGCGGAAGCGGGACCACCCCCUCCCGGGAUGCGAGCUGCGGGGCCGACCCAGGCGAGCCAGCACUGCGGCUCCCCGCGCGUCCCGGUUCCCAGCCCCGCCUCCUAUCGUGUAAAACUGGGCCGCUGUCCUCGAGGGUCUCGAGGGUCUCUGUGCAGCCUCCUGCCUGAGCCGCGCCGGAAGCUGGGUGGGCCAGGGAGUCGCGAAGCUGAGUUCCGCCAUGGCGCUCCAGGGACCUCUGAGCUGCUUCCUCUCUCUGCUUUCCUGUCACCCACAGAGCCUGGAGGAGCCACAGCGGGAGAGAGCCACCAUGAUAAGGGACAAGAACCCCCACUGGAGCGUGGCUCCCAAGGAGGGCAGCCCCAGCAGAGCCUACACCUCACCGCCUUAGUGCAGCUGGUAAAGGAGAUUCCAGAGUUCUUGUUUGGAGAAGUGAAGGGCACGGAGGACUUCUCCGAGAGUGGGAGCGCCAGUCUGGAUGGGGAGCAAGCGAGCCCUGAGGUAGCUGGGGCUGUGGAAGCUCACCCUCCCCGAAGCCUGCUCAGCUCUCUUCCAGAGAGCCCCGAAAGCCACCCCAGCCUGGCCACCACACCCACAGGCAGCUCAUCUUCCAGUGGCCCUCCUGGAGACUGGGCUCAAGAAAGCCCCCUGCCUACCAGAACUGCUGAUAAGCCACUGUCCAUAGAGAAAGAAGGCUUAGGAGCCUCAGGAGAGACUUCCGUUCAUCCCACCCAAAGCCUGGACCAGAGCAAGAGCCACCUAACACAAGACAGAGGAACCUCCCCCGAGAACAGUCCCUUGCAAGGCCUCAUCAACUGUCUGAAGGAAAUCCUUGUGCCUGGACCCCAGCACCGUGGGACGGCCCCAGACUUGCCACCUUGUCUCCCUGGCCUGAGUGUGUUGAAACAGACCAGAGCUGAGGUGGAGUCAGGGAGCCUGCCCUGCCCCGUGAAGACGGAGGCAGUAUCCGGGGAUUGUCCCCUUCAGGGCCUGCUGAACUGUCUGAAGGAGAUCCCAGAAGCCCCAGACAGGCGUCCCAGCCCCUCAGGAGCAGGGGACCUGCGGCUACAGGAGGAUCCAGGGAAAAGGAAUUCUGGAGGGAUGAGGUGCCCCCAGACUCCUCCUCUCCGCCGUAGUCAAGGAGCUGGAGGUAUGCUUGCCAUGGUGAAGGUAGAAGAUGGCUGGGCCCAGAGUCCCCCAGUGCCAGCACCCUGCCAGCUCAGCAGGCAAGGCCACAGUCCCUAUUUCACCGGAGAUAGCAGAGAGGUCCGCGUGCCCCGCUGGGGUCCCAUGACGCUCGCAGGCAGGGCAUCAAGCUCACCUCUAGAAGCGCUGGAGGCCUGUCUGAAGGGCAUCCCUCCAGGUGGGUCAUCACCUCUUCAGUCUCUAGCCACCUCGUGGUCCAGGAGUCCCCAGCCAGGAGAGGCUGGGUCUCAGAGGCUUGAGCUACAGCCACAAGGAUCUCACAGUGAAGAAGCUACAAGAGAACCAUUUCUGCCUCUGAGCUUGCAAGGCUGCAGGAGAGAGGGACCUGGGGUUCAACCCUCUGGCCCCCAGGGAACACCUACCAGCUUCUCCUCGGCCAGCAGCAGUGAUGGGGAUCUGGAUUUCGGGAGCCCCAGGAGCAGUCAGGGUCAACGGCUUGGGAAAGGAUACCCACCAGGAAACUCUCCACUCCAAGGCCUGGAGAACUGUCUGAGAGAGAUCCCUAUCCCCAGGCCACAGGCUGCCUGGCCUUGCUCCUUGGCCGCAGACAGGGGAUUGAAGAGAACAGAGCCCAGGAACUGGACUGCAGACAGAGAAGGCCCGAGGGGUGAGGCCUGUGAGCCACCCCACUUUGGACAGGGUCGGGGAGACGUGCCCAGCAGGAGUCUCCGUCUGGGCAGUACACAGACCUGUCCCCCCACCUGCCACCAAGUGACUGCCAGGCCAGGAGUGUGGCAGUGGCCAAAAGAUGAGACAGCCACCAUGCCCUCCCCUCUACACUGCCUGGAGAGCUCUCUGAGGGGGAUCCUGCCUGUGAGGCCCUUGCGGUUCACCUGCGUGACCGGUCCCGGCCCCGGCCCCAGCCCCAGCCCCUGUUCCAGCUCCAGCUUCAGCAGCUCUGAUGAAGAACUAAGGCCAGAGCCUGCAUUCUGGCAGCCACCCCUCCAGAAGAAAGACCACCUUCCCUCCGGUAAGGGUCCCGUCCCUCUGUGUCCUGUCUCGGGAGCAUCCCCAAGAAUCAGCCACGAUAGCCGUCUUGCUGAAGAACCUGAGAGAACAGAGCCUGGAGACGGCGGCAGCACAGGAAAAGCAGAAGGGACAGGAGUCAAGUCCCAGUCACCCAGAAGAGAAGGGGCUGCAGAGCACACAUGUCAGCCUGACCCUGCCAGCAGUGAAGAAGGAAAAGGAGGAGUGCUCUGUGCUCGCUCUGAAGCAGCAUCCGGGCUCCCAUGGCCUGCCUCUCAGCCGGAGAAAAGUCCUGAGCCCAAGGGUACUGAAGACUCCAGGGACCUCAAGCCUGGACAUGAGCAACCCGAUGCCACAGCCAGGACCCAAGGGAAGCUGCUCUCUGAGGACCCUCCGGAGCCACCUAGCAAGUCUCCCCUUCCCACGACAGCCUUGUCAAAAUGGCCACCCACUUCUUUCCAGCCGCCAUGCCCCUGCGGCAGAUCCCUGCAGCAGGAGCUGCACAGCCUUGGUACUGCCCUCACGGACAGGCUGGACCAGCUUGCGGCAGCCUUGGCAGGCUUGACUCAGGAAGUGGCCACCAUGAGGACCCGGAUGGAUCGGAUGGAAAGGCGCCCACGGAGCCUUGGGCCAAAAGGCCAGGCUUCUGGGCAGUUGGCCCUCUCCCGGAGGCCUCGCUGGGCCAACAGACUGGACCACAGGCACCCACCCUACUGGAGGCAGAAGGGUGCCACCAGGCCCAGACCAAAGAUCCUGCGGGCCCAGGCAGAAGGCCUCAAGACUGGUGACUGCCCAGGACUCUCUAGAGGGAAGGGCAGUUUGAUGCCUCAGCUGCCUCCAGACGCUUCUUUGGUAGAAUCUUCCAGGCCCACCUGUAGCUCAUCCCAGCAGAUCUCCUCAGCACCUGGAGGCCACAAUGUGCUGGCUGCACAGCCCCUUCUGGAACACACUGGAUGCCACCAGGAUCCCCUCUCCCCUCCAGUGCCUACCGCCUUGGUCCCCCUCGUGGCCUCACCUGCAGCCAGUGCAGACCCAGAACCUCAGGCUGCUGGAGUGGCAGCAAUCAGCACUCCAAAUCAGCACAAGGAACCUAACAGCCUGCUAGGGGGAGCCCUCAGUAAAGACCUCUGGGAAGGUGACCACAGGGAUCCAAGGUGGGGGACCCAUUAACUGCGCUCUUUGUCCGCUCAGACUUGCUGGGUAGCCCGGAUGCCCUGGCGGGAUCCUCUGGGGUACAACCAUCACAGGCUGCCUGCUUCCCAGGGGUUAUAUCUUCCUUACCUGCUCAGCCAGCCCUCUCAUUGCUGCUGCAAGCCCGGCCCUUAGCCUCUGCUGUGCCAGGCCCCCGUGGUGUCUGCACAGAGCUACUGUAGCGGCAUUCCUCGGCCAUACCUCUGGCUUUCUCGGCUCAGGUUCAGUCAGCCAGCUGCUCUUCCUCCUCAGCAGAGCCCAUCUGGGUUCCAAGAGGGUGCCAUGCAUACCACAUAUGUACAGAGCCGGCUGCAGAGGGCACUGUGAAGGCACCUUAAUCCGAUUGCCUGUUCCUGAUCUCUAGGACACUGGAAGGCCAGCCUUGGUCUGUCUAGAGUGUAUACUUCACAGAUGUCAUUUAGGGAAGAGCUGGCCUGUGGUCUAAGCUGAGUUGACCCACAUGGAUUCUAAAAUUAAAUAUAUUACCUGCUAAGAAAAGGCCAUUGGCUUCUAUGGAAGGGUUCCCAGAGGAGACGACAUUCAGGCAUGGUUGCCUGGAUUGUCACCAGUACAAUGGGAACUGGGCAGCUCAUGUUUCCCUCUUCCACACACACACACACCUAAGAGGCUGGGGACAGAGCGCCACAGAGUCCCUUGGGGAAGAGUACUGCACAUGAGUCAGUGUCACAGACUUAGUCUGGGCAGCUUAAAUCAGGGGUCCCAAAUCAAGGUCUCGUCAGGGUUGGUUCUACAGAGGACGUCCGGCUCCGCUGGGGGCUGCCUUCAUGCUCCCAUGGCAUCUUCUAUGAGUCUUUUCUCCAAGUGCCCCUCCCACCAGGACACAGGAUGUUCUGGACGGCACUCCUUCUUGUUUGAACUUAACCUUCUCUAAAGACUCUAAGGAACGUCACAUUCCGAAGUGCCAGGGGGCACGCGGCAUGUCAGCCUUUCAACAUUAUGACAGUGUUGUCAUCUAGGAAGUUCACGUUCAAGAACCAGACAGUUGAGAUUAAAACAAACAAACACACAAACAAA